AUGUCUCCUCCGAUGAACACCAAGGGCAGCGACUCCGGCACGGCUCGCAUCCUCGGCUCUGGCGCCUCCGGUAUUGCGGAGCUCCUCGUCUUCCACCCGGUGGACACGAUCGCCAAGCGGUUGAUGAGCAACAAGUCCAAGGUCGUUCUGACUCUGCGCUGGCACCUCCCCCUCCCCGUCCUCACCCGUCCUCCUUUUCCUCCCGGCCGAGCAGGUUCGGCGUCGACACUGGGUCCGAUCAUCUUCAAGGAGCACGCGAACGCGCCUCUCGCCCGCCGUUUCCUGUCCCUCUUCCCCGGCCUCGGCUACGCCGCGGGCUACAAGGUCACCCAGCGGAUAUACAAGUACGGCGGCCAGCCUUGGUUCUCCGACAUCCUCGCCCGCCAUUACCGCGACAACUUCACCAACGCCUUUGGCGAACGCAAGGGCAAGAUGAUGAUGCAGGCCACCGCUGGCAGCUUGACGGGCAUCGGUGAAGUCGUCCUCCUCCCGCUCGACGCGCUCAAGAUCAAGCGCCAGGUGAACCCGGAGGCGUUCCGCGGCCGCGGCGUCGUCCGCAUCUUCAUGGAGGAGGGCACCACCCUCUACCGCGGCUGGGGUUGGACCGUCGCCCGCAACGCCCCCGGCUCCUUCGCGCUCUUUGGCGCGUCCGCGAUGACGAAGGACUACGUCUUCGGGCUCGAGGAUUACCGCAAGGCGACCUGGGCCCAGAACUUCGUCGCGUCCAUCGCCGGCGCCGUCGCGUCCAUCACCGUCGCCGCCCCGCUCGACACGGUCAAGACCCGGAUCCAGAACGCGAACUUCGAGCACAAGGUCUCCGGCGUGACCGUCAUCCGCGACCUGGUCAAGAACGAGGGUCCGACUGCGCUCUUCAAGGGCCUCACCCCCAAGAUCCUCGUCGUCGGCCCGAAGCUCGUGUUCAGCUACACGCUCGCGCAGUCGCUCAUCCCAUGGUUCUCCAAGUACGUCUGA